UUCAGUACCAAGAGCGGUAACCCCGAGCUACACUCGGGCUUACCAUGCGGCGUUGCUCAGGGAGUCCCUACAGCGCUUACCUUGUCCUUCGCUCCCGCAAUGUGUCCCCUGCAGCGUCCCCGGCCAUCUCCUCCAGCCGAUGCCGGCAUCCGGCUUCCAUGUUCCGGUCCCUGUGACGCCGGAACCGGUGGCAAAUUUGAAAAUUUAAAAAUAAAUUUUUUUUUUAAAACGAUUAUUUUGUCCCGACUGCUUUGUCCGGCGCCCUGCCUGCAUUUUGUCUGUUCUUUC